AUGGAUCUUCAACGUCGCCUUGAGAAAGAGUUUUGGGAUUUGAAACAAGGCACCAUGACUGUGAUGGAGUAUGAGACCGAGUUCAACCGAAAACUAGGAUUUGCACAAAGGUUUUUAAGUACUGAAGACGAUAAGGUCGAGCGUUUUGAGGGUGGGUUACAAAAAGAAAUUCAGAAUUUUCUUGUAAAUCGUGAAGUUCCAAGUUUUGCCAAGGCGGUAGAAUUUGCUCGAAGAUGCGAUCAUGAUCUGUCAAUACCGGAUGAUCCAGUUCCGGCAGCAAAGCGACCAUGCACUGGAAAGACGAACUCAGUCCCAACACAUCGACCACCCAAGUUCUUAAUGUCAAGACGGAGGCAGAUGCAUAACACAGCUCGUGCUACAUCUCAGGCAUACUCUUUACAGUCGAAUGCCCCGAGGAUUUGCCAAAGAUGCGGCAAGAAUCAUACUGGACGAUGCAAUAUUGAACCAUCCAGUGUACGAUGUUUUUGUUGUGGCGAGGUGGGACACGUUCGAGCAGAAAGCAAAGCAUCGGUACAACGACCGACUGGGACUACGACCUCCGUUCAAAAGGAGGAGGUACCAAAGGCACGUGUGCGGGCAUUCCAGAUCACUGCAGAAGAAGCAUGUAACGAGCCUAAUGUCGUGACUGAGUCUAUGCCUUCAAUGCUUGAUGAACCAUUCACUGUUAGUACUUUCAACGAAGAACUUUUGGAUGCCGAUAAAGUAUAUAAAGAUUGUUUGUUAAUUCUUCAUGACUAUAAGUUUUUGAUAAAUCUGAUCCCGAUGGAUAUACAUGGCUUUGAUAUCGUUAUUGGGAUGGACUGGUUAGCCAAAAAUCAUGCCCACAUCAUUUGCGCUCAUCAAAUGAUUCGGAUAGAGAAGGAUGACGGAGAUUACCUAUAUGUAUAUUGGGAAAGACGUGUAGACGGUGUGAAGGUAAUCUCUAUGCUAAAGGCUCGACAAUAUCUAAUAAAAGGAUGUUCCUCUUUUCUGGCCUAUGUCUUAGACUCAUCCAAAGAAGUAAAGAAGACAGUGAAAGAUGUGCCAAUCGUAUGUGAAUAUCCGGAUGUAUUCCCCGAUGAUUUGCCUGGGUUACCACCAGAUAGGCAAGUAGAAUUCCAGAUUGAUUUGGUACCCGGUGCCUCUCCUAUUGCUAAGACGCCUUAUCGACUUGCGCCGGCAGAAAUGAAAGAAAUGAUGAACCAGUUACAAGAUUUGUUGGACAAGGGCUUCAUUCGACCGAGUGCUUCGCCUUGGGGUGUACCAAUACUGUUUGUAAAGAAGAAAGACGGUUCAUUCCGGAUGUGCAUCGAUUACAGGGAAUUGAACAAGAUUGAGGCUUUGAAGCCUGAGAACGUUAAAUUAGAACGAAUGGUGGAAUAUCUGGAUUCUCUUUCUGAAGACGGAAGUGGCUUAAAGAUCUUUAAGACCCGAAUUUGGGUCCCCAGACUUGCCGGUAUGCGGGAUGUUGUCUUAACGGAAGCACAUAAGUCGCGAUUAUCGAUACAUCCAGGGAGUACCAAAAUGUACCAAGAUCUACGUUUAGAUUAUUGGUGGCCUGGGAUGAAGACUGAUAUUGGACGAUAUGUCAAGAAGUGUACCACAUGCUUACAA